GAAACUACCCAAAGGUGGGAUUCCCCUACUUUUGUUUUCAAAUGUAAGCUGUAAGGAGUGUAAGGAGAUUUUAAGGUCACUGUCAACAUUGAUCAAGAAGAUGUCUCUUCAUUUUUCUAACCACUGCGGAGAAAAUAUAGUCAUCCAGAAUGGUGAAGCUGAAUGGAAGACUGUUUAUUCUGGAGGACUUUGCUUCUCUGAACGGCCACUAGGACGAGAUCCACUACAGAUUAUAAUAUCGGGAAGCAGUCAUAUCACUCUUGGAUUCUUGGAAAAGAAUCCUAAUGGGAUAAAUAUUAGAGAUGUUCUUCAACAGAUGAAAAUAACAAACGAUAUCCGAGUUCAUAAGUCAACAUUUAAUAUAUCCAUGAAAACUUCCAAAAAUGGACGAGAAGUUGUCCUUGACAAUGACGACAAUCCAAAAGAUCGGUUUCCUCUUGAAAAUGGCAGUGCUUGGCUUGCUGUUUAUAUACAAUUUGGUUCAGCUACUGUUUAUCUGAUGUCUUCCAAUGCAAAGUUUCUACAAUACAGCGGUGAAAAUAUCAAACUGACAGAGAACGAUAAAAAGGCUUCGUUGAUAAAUGAGAACCCAGCAGCACUAUGUUAUAUAGACCGGCCUUUAUAUAGCGGAGAGGCUAUAACGAUGCGUGCUAAUCCCGUAACAGACCCGAAUAAGAUAAAAACAUGUUCCGUACCCAGUCGAUACUACAUAAAAAUCGGCUUUUAUGAAGAAAACCCGACGUCGUUUAAAGACAGUUUCUCUAGUUUGUUAAAAGUUACUAGUGAGAAACGGAAUAAUGUAUGGAAACCAAUUUUUGUCCUCGAAAAAAGUAAAAGUCAAGGUAAUAUACAAAUUAAUCUGUCUAAGUCGGGAUCUUUCAGUUUCUCAUCUGAAUCUGGCGAAAGUGGAAAUUUUGAUAUUCCGAAUUACGAAAAGGCAAAGGGAGUAAUUUGUGUAUUUGAACUGUUCCGUGUUAGGGUAAAGUUGCUGAAGGUAGCACGUUAUCCAGCUUACGACUAUGCUUCUCCAGCGACCAUUUCGCCAAAAGAACUUUCAGCGACAACGUCACCAAGAGACCCUGCAGCGAUUACUUCGCCAAUAGACAUUGCAGCGAUAUCGUCACCAAUAUCGUUAAAUGAUAUUCUACAUAUAAAUCAAACCUCGUUGUUUGAUUCCAACACAGGCCUUCAAAUUUUCAAAAGUAAUGAUACCUCUUCAGAAAAUGGUGACUGCGAAACUAAAACUAAAGUUAUAGAUGAUGUUGAUAUUAAAUCUUUGAAUGAUCAUUCUGAAAAUGGCAUCAACCUCCUCGUUGAUGAACAAACACAACCGAAAGUUCUAGGAUUGUUUAACGACUUGCAUUGCAAUCUAAUUAAUGGAGACACACUUGUCAAAGAAAAUCCGGGACAUGAACAUACAUGUAACAAUAUUAAUGGAAAUCCAAAGAAUUACAACAUAAGUCCAGAAUCUUUUUUGACAACAGAUGACAAUUUUACAAGUCGUUGUAAUUUUACAGCAAUCGAAAACGGCACAGAAGAUACAAUCAAACAAUUUACAAUUAGGAACGCAUGCGCGUCUUCCACAGGAAGAACUUUGAAUUUACCGGUGUGUUCUAAUAGACAACGUAUGAAUUCUAUCACAAGCGAUUCAAUCCAUUUGUGUAACAAGAUACCCGGUGAUAAACAAGAUGAGGAAUUUAGAAAAAAAUGACUAGACAAAAUACAGAACUCAAAACAAUAAUAGAAAAAUUACAAACUGAAAACGAUGAGUUAAGAUCAGAGAACUUACAGCUAAAUCUUAGAAACGAAAAACAAAGUGAAAAGUCAAAACUCCAACUUACAUUUGAAAAUCAGAACACACAAACACAAGACGAACAUCUGAUAUUUAAAAACACACAUAACAACUCGUCAUCAGAAACGACAAAAUUAAGGUGGUAGACCUGGGGUAAGGGGAAUAACUCGUACACAUACACUUGGUGUCAUUGAUGCGUUUUAUUACGGCCCUUAAUUUCAAGCAUCUGUGUACACAGAUCGUUUACCUUGGAUACUGUGACAGACGCUGAUUAACAACAAUGAGAGGUUUGUUCCAAUCGAAAAUAAAAUCUAAACGCUCGAACUUUAAAAAAAAUUUAAACAGGUCUAUAAACUUACAAAACACUAAUGACCAUACUUAUGUAAAACAUAAUUACAUCGAUAUCGGGGCUGAAGAGGAAGUGGAGGAUGAAAUCGAAGGAAUGGUGAUAGACAAUGAUUGGCAAGUUGGCAGACGCAUCGUAGAAUUGGGUGUCCUGGCGGAAAAGAUGUACUGUUGUAGGUGCAAUGUUCCUUUGCACCUGCAUGAUACCAUCCAUGAAAGAACAACAGGAUUUGGCAGUUAUCUCCACAUAAUGUGCACCAACCAAGAAUGCCGCACAGUGACAGAUGUGCCAACUGGAAAAGUCGGUCCAACUGGAUCAUUCAAUAUCACUGCCAAGAUAG